CUCUCUUCCUUCCGCCACGUCCCACUUAAUUGGCCUCAGGGCCUUUCACCUCCGCCCCACCAUAGCCUCUCAUCUUCGUCUCCGCCCAUGCUCCGUGGCGCCAACCGGGCCGGUUGAGCUGGAAUGGAACGACAGGCAGCGCUUCAAGCAGAGAACCGUUGCUCUGCCGUUUUGGCGUCAACGCAACUCCAAUUACGGCCGUUUUGCCUACCAAGACUUCUCCAGUGAUGAUGAAUCCGACGUGGAACUUGCCUCUUCACGCUCUCCGGCUCAGCAACAAAUGGGAGAGUCGACUCUUGAAAACAUUGAUGAGUGGAGAUGGAAGCUGACCAUGCUUCUUCGCAAUAACGAGGAGCAAGAAGUUGUGUCCAGGGAGAAAAAGGACCGGCGUGAUUAUGAGCAACUUUCAGCUUUAGCUACCAGAAUGGAUCUAUACAGCCGACAAUAUGCAAGAGUUGUUGUCUUUAGUAAAGCACCUCUGCCAAAUUACCGCCCUGAUUUGGAUGAUAAGCGUCCACAAAGAGAGGUAAUCUUACCUUUUGGUGUUCAUAGAGAAGUAGAUACUCAUCUCCGUGCCCAUCUUUCACAAAAGCCUACAAAAAGGCUAGGUUCUUUUGAUGAUUCUUUGCAUAGAUCAAGUGAUGCUGGAAGUAUUCACACCAAUGACGGGAUUUAUGAGAAGCCAGUGCCUAGGAUCCAUAAUUCUGUUGUCAAGGAGAAAAUCCUUCAGCGAAGAAGUUUGGAACUGCGUAAUAAGCAAGAGGAUUGGCAGGGGUCUCCUGACGGGCAAAGGAUGCUCGAAUUUCGUAGAAGUCUUCCUGCAUUCAAAGAGAAAGAUGCAUUUUUGAAAGUCAUUUCAGAUAAUCAGGUCAUUGUUGUCUCAGGUGAAACUGGUUGUGGUAAGACCACACAACUUCCCCAGUACAUACUAGAAUCUGAGAUUGAAGCUGGACGUGGUGCUGGAUGUAACAUAAUUUGUACUCAGCCUAGAAGAAUAUCUGCUAUGUCUGUUUCUGAAAGAGUUGCAGCAGAACGUGGGGAGAAAUUGGGAGAAUCUGUUGGCUACAAAGUUCGGUUGGAGGGUAUGAAAGGAAGGGAUACUCGUCUUCUUUUUUGUACCACAGGUGUAUUAUUGAGGAGACUACUAGUGGAUAGGACUCUAAAUGGUGUAACUCAUGUUGUUGUUGAUGAAAUUCAUGAACGCGGAAUGAAUGAAGAUUUUCUUUUGAUUGUCCUGAAGGAGCUUCUUCCUCGCCGUCCUGAUUUGAGAUUAAUUUUGAUGAGUGCAACCUUAAAUGCUGAGCUUUUCUCUUCCUACUUUGAUGGUGCUCCAACUAUGCACAUUCCUGGUUUUACAUAUCCAGUCCGAGCACGUUUUCUGGAGGAUAUUCUGGAAGUGACUGGAUAUCGGUUGAAUCCUUAUAAUCAAAUUGAUGACUAUGGUCAAGAAAAAACAUGGAAAAUGCAGAAACAAGCUCUAGCUUUCCGGAAAAGAAAGAGCCAAAUUGCUUCUGCUGUUGAGGAUGCACUAGAAGUUGCAGACUUCAAUGGAUAUAGUCUACGCACUCGGGAGUCAUUGUCCUGCUGGUGCCCUGACUCACUUGGUUUUAACCUUAUUGAACAUGUGCUUUCUCACAUUGUCAAGAAUGAAAGGCCAGGUGCUGUUUUGGUUUUUAUGACUGGGUGGGAUGACAUAAACUCCUUGAAGGAUAAGCUCCAAACUCAUCCUUUGUUAGGAGAUCCCAGCCGUGUCUUGCUUCUUGCAUGUCAUGGAUCCAUGGCCAGCACUGAGCAGAGGUUGAUAUUUGAAAACCCUGAAGGUGGGGUGAGGAAAAUUGUUCUGGCAACUAAUAUGGCUGAGACUAGUAUUACCAUCAAUGAUGUUGUCUUUGUGGUUGAUUGUGGUAAAGCUAAAGAGACAUCAUAUGAUGCACUAAACAACACACCUUGUUUACUUCCAUCUUGGAUAUCAAAAGCUGCUGCCCGGCAGAGAAGAGGAAGGGCUGGUCGUGUUCAACCUGGUGAAUGCUACCAUCUAUAUCCCAGAUGUGUUUAUGAUGCUUUUGCUGAUUAUCAAUUACCAGAACUUUUGAGAACACCUUUGCAGUCCUUAUGUUUGCAAAUCAAAAGUUUACAACUUGGAAGCAUAUCUGAAUUCUUAGCUAGAGCUCUCCAGCCACCAGAGCCGCUAUCGGUUCAAAAUGCUGUUGAGUAUCUGAAGAUUAUUGGGGCCUUGGAUGACAAUGAAAAUUUGACAGUUCUAGGGCGCAAGUUGUCAAUGCUUCCUGUUGAGCCCAAACUCGGCAAAAUGCUCAUUCUCGGCGCUAUCUUCAACUGUUUGGAUCCCAUAAUGACUGUUGUUGCUGGUCUUAGUGUAAGGGAUCCAUUUGUGAUGCCGGCUGACAAGAAGGAUCUUGCAGAGUCUGCUAAGGCCCAGUUUUCUGCUCGAGACUAUAGUGAUCAUCUUGCACUUGUCCGAGCUUAUGAGGGUUGGAAAGAGGCUGAAGCUCAGCAAGCUGGCUAUGAGUACUGUUGGCGAAAUUUUCUUUCUUCUCAAACACUUAGGGCCAUUGACUCUCUUAGAAAGCAAUUCUUUUACUUGCUUAAAGAUAUUGGGUUGGUUGAUCACAAUUCUGAGACCUACAGUAGAUUGAGUCCUGAGGAGCAUCUUGUCCGAGCAGUCAUCUGUGCGGGUUUGUUUCCUGGAGUAUCAUCUGUUGUGAACAAAGAUAAGUCAAUAGCACUGAAAACAAUGGAGGAUGGCCAGGUUCUUCUGUAUGGUAACUCUGUAAAUGGUAGUGUACCCAAGAUUCCAUACCCAUGGUUGGUGUUUAAUGAAAAGGUGAAAGUGAAUGCUGUAUUCCUUAGGGAUUCGACUGGUAUAUCCGAUUCAGUGCUGCUCUUAUUUGGUGGGAAUGUAUCCAGAGGUGGACUGGAUGGUCACCUAAAAAUGUUGGGAGGUUAUUUGGAAUUUUUCAUGAAACCUGAAUUAGCUAACACUUACUUGCGGUUGAAGGGGGAGCUGGAGGAACUGAUACAGAAAAAACUUCUGGAUCCCAUGUUCGAUACACAAUCGCAUGACGAGCUUCUUUCAGCUGUUAGAUUGGUGAUAUCUGAGGACCACUGUGAUGGCAGAUUCGUGUUUGGUCGCCGGGCCACACCUGCACCCAAAGUAAAAGAGGCAACAAACUCCAAAAGUAGUGCUGGAGUAGAGGCUGAGAAUUUUAAAAACCAGCUUCAGACAUUACUUAACAGGGCUGGACAUGAAGUGCCAACUUACAAAACAAGGCAACUGAAGAACAACCAAUUCCGUUCCACUGUCAUUUUUAAUGGCUUGGAUUUUGUUGGCCAGCCUUGCAGCAACAAGAAACAAGCAGAAAAAUCUGCUGCUGCCGAGGCUCUUCUAUGGCUGAAGGGUGAUAUGCAUUCUUCACGCGAUGUUGCCAGCCAUAUGUCUGUGCUUUUGAAAAAGAGCAACAAGAAAGAUAAGAAAACUUCAUCAAAACGUGCUAAGUGGAGCUGACUCAAAUCUACAAGAUCUCCCUAUCCUGGAUAGAUAAUUUUUACAUGGUUUUUCACCAAGGAAGAACAUGUUCAUUUUCAAGGCACUGGUUUCAUCUUUCCAGUCACAAUUUCAACAGUAAGUGUAUGGAACUACUAAUGGUGAGGGAACUAGAAUCUAGAUGUUACAAUCUGAGCCCUUGUGCCCUUUUUUAAGAUCUGGGAGUACUUGUUCUUGUAAAGGGUGAUUCCAUCCAGAAUCUACCGAGUUUCAAAGCAAAACGGAAAACAGCUCUAGAUUGGGAGGCUGAGCAGCUACCGUUCAGACUAAGGACACUAAUCUAUGCUGAUCAUGCAGUCUUCCAAUUCAUUGUUUUUGAUGUGGAAGUUGGAAGGCAUAUCUGUCCACUAUUCUUUAAAGUAUAUUGUAGCUGCUUAGGAAACAGGUUUACAUUAAUCAAGUUAGCCGAUCAUCCAUUUGAAUGAAAUGUAGUAUAUGUAUUAAGGGACUUGGUACACCUACAAACAAUCUUUUACUUAUAAUACAUUUCGUCUUUAUAUGGAAAGUAGUCCUGAAGUGAGAAAUGUAAAGGGAAAAUGCAAUUCUUAUACCAUAUUAAUAUAAUGAGGUGGCAUUGGUGUUUA